AUGACUUCACGUGAAGCCAGAAGGAGUCCCUCGGUCUGUCUGUUUUGCCAGGCAAGACAAGCAGCGCUGGGCCGACGACGCACGAGCACGAUAUCGAAGAGAAAACUCCAGACGGUAGCACUUCGACCAGAGGACGAUGGCUUCCUCUUCAGCAAGGCACAAGAGCAGACUGAUGUCGAGAAGGAAAGCCCAGCAGCAGCUGUGAAAGAGGCGAUGCGUCAGUGGAAGUUGUACAAUCCGAUCGACGAGCUCCGCGAAGCAGCCCUCGGGUUCGAUGCGUUAUGGAAACGAAGAGACCUCCGACUCGAAGUGCUCAGGAACCUCUCCAAUCCUUGGCCUGAGAAACCACCGCAUGUUCACCAUCCAAGCAGAGGACCUCCUCAGCCUCCAGAAGCUCAGGCCGCAUUGAUCCCGCACGAAGUGUUUCGGCAGAGGGUAAAAGAGGCCACCACUGAGAAGCCCGUACGGCAAUUGCUUCGAGGACAACUCCUCCGAGCCCAAUGGCCUAAAGAGAUAUAUCGUGUCGUGGCAGUGGCUAUGAUGAACAAGGAUACAGCAAGAUAUUUGUCCACUCUCUACGAGCCCUUGAUGCGAGCACUAUAUCGCUGUAGAGACAACGUCUCCGAUCCAGAAGUGCUCAAGGCGCUCAAUAUCAUCAUCACGCGAUUGAAAUACGCAGACCUCAAGGUCGAGCCUCCGAUGCUGUUCAUGGCCCUCAAAUUCGCCGCACGCUCUCGGAGUCUUCCAGCCAUGAAAAAGUAUUUGAAAGUCAUCAGGGAUACAGGCUUGGGUAUAACAAGCAAUGUGUUCAGAAGCGUAAUAGCGAAGUUCAGCAUAGGUCAUCGGGGUCUGGGCGAGAUACGGAAUGGGCGGUGGCGGAGGCAGGACCUCUUUCAAGUCUUGACCGGAUUCGAAGACGCCAAAGACCUGCCCAAAGACCAACAAUACCAUCUUGGUGCGUUCCUGGUCCGCGAAGACUGGCAGUACCUCCACGGAUGGGUAGCAGUAUUGGCAAGAUGUAAGGCAAGCGAUACGGUGUGGCAAGAAUGGUUGCUGUGGAAAGAAAGCGACUCACGCAAGUCACCGCGACAACUGGAACUUCGAUCCGGCGGCGUUCUCAUGACGAGUAAAGCCCGCGGCGACUACUGGUUCGUCGAGCAGAUGACCUAUUCUGGAGACAUCGAGAGAGCGUGGCAGAUGUUGAAGGAGACGGACAUCAGCUUCCGUACACUCAAGAACCAAGUCAAGGAUAAACUGCUAGAGCAUAUUGAGUAUGCGACCAUCUGGGAUGACAGCGUGCGAGAGGCGAUGGUCGAUAAAUAUGCUCGGGACCUAGCCAAGAUCGAGGAAGCGCUGGGCGUAAAGUGGAUUCCUGGUGAGGUCGCUGGUGAAGGGCAGCAUGAGCUCUACAUGGACCAGGAGGAGGCUCUUGACAAGCUUGGCGAAGAUGGCUGGAGGUUGGAUGAAGACUACGGCUAUCCGUGGGAGACAUCACCCAUCGUGCCCGAGACAGAGCGAGCCCUCCACGACGCAGCAGAAUGCCCAACUUCAAGGUAA